UAGCAAUACACAUGCCGGACUUCCUGACUGGUACCACGUGACUCCGAUUCUCACGUGACAGGCAGACGUCAUAGGCGCGCCGCCAGCCGUGGAGGUCAGCAACAUGGCGGCGCCCGAGUAACACAUGAGAGAGCGUGAGCUCCGGGUGACGUCAUCACUGUGUCCGCUGAGUUGUCGGCUGUUUCCCGGACAGACGAGCUCCUCGGCCAUACGCCUGGUCGCCAUGCUUCACCUUCCUCGGGCCCCGCUCCUCCUGCGUGUCUCCUGCGGCCCCUGCAUAACAAGCUCCCGGGGCCGGAAGUCUCGCUUUGAUCCACCGGCAAAAUCUAAAGCUUCGCGAAUCAAGUUCCCCCCGGCGGUGUGUGUGGAGGAGCUCCUGAGCGUGCAGCACCGCUACCGGCAGUACUCCGCCAUCCUGGGCGCCAUGAGGGCAGAUUUUAAGGAGGAGAUGUUACGGUCGCGCUUUGAGCAGCAGGUGGGCUCUUUUGCUGAGCAUCGUCUUCACCAGGAGGCCAUGGAGCAUGCAGCCCUGAUGGCGUGGAACAAGGAGGAGAACAACAAGGCCCUGCGCCGGAGGUUGGAACGUUUGAAGGUGGAGGAGCACGCCUUCCAGACGCUGAGGAAAGAAGCUGCCAAGCUGAGAGACGAGGCGGAGCUGGAGGAGCUGCAGGAGCGGGAGCUGGAGAUCCAGAGGCUGGAGGAACUCUCCAAGACAUUCAUCACUCCUGAAAACCUGGUGGAGAGAAUUGAGGCCGCCCUGAACAAUCCAAAGUCCUACAACUUCUGCCUGGACCGAGACGGGAGAAUCCUGCGGCCGGGGGCGCACCAGUCCUGAGACGAGCGUGUCCCCUGCUGCCAGCGCAGGACUGCUCCAGGGUGAACGGACUCUUCUUUUCUAUCAGAUUGGUUCCUUGGUCAUCCAAGCCCUCUUCUGCUCUGUGGCCACCUUGAGUCUCUGAAGACGUGGUGGCCAUGGGUUGGGGCGAGUGGCUGCUCGGUGCGCGGUGACGACCUUUCCUUACAUCUCAGAAGCCACCAACACCUGCAGGAGUUCUGGGAGGAGGAUGCCCCUGAGGACGGAGAUCCCCUGGACCUCAGGCUUCCAGAGCCUGGAACUUGUCUGCCCUGUAAUAUGAAUAAAUGUGUAUGAAGAGCUGAAGCUGUCGUUACUGUGACGUCGUCUGCUGUGGACCCGCCCGCUGCAGUGUAACAGCGCAGCCCCAUCAUCACUCCCUUACAGAAUGGGGGUUAUCCUUCCGCGCUAUGAUCAUGGCGUCUCUCCAAUUCCAGCCCAUCGUGGUGAGAGAAAUGAGUGUUUACCACCUGCUCUGGGGGUCACUUACAGGCGAUGUUCACCUUCGGGGGCAAGUUUAUUUAGGAUUGUAUUUAGCUGAUUUUGGGCUAUAAAUCAUUUUUUUUUCAAUUGAUCUUUAUUAAAAAUAUUGAGCCGUUCUCUCACAAAGGGUUAACUGUCUACAUC